GAGAGCUUGCGUAUAUGUCCACGCAAAGAGGAGCGUGCGUCGUGAAACGGAGGAAGACUUGAGGCGCUCUUGACAGCAUGUACCUGAAUUUGUGAUAAGAAGUUUUUCGCAAAACACAAUAGCACCAUUGUGUGUCCUGCGCUCAGUCUCCAGGAGGCAGCGAGUUUUUAUUUCAUUAGAGAGAAUGGAAUCAUAACAACAAGAUAACGCGCACUUGAUAACAACGCUCGGAACUGUAGGCGCAGGAGAACGGACAUGAUUGAUAAGCGCAGCAUUCGAUGCAAAGGGGGUAAAUUAAGGACCAAGAGAUGAAAGAGAGGAUUCCAUUUGUCAGUGGUUUCACGAGAAGCUGCAAGGAAUGAUGCAGAAGUAUUCCAUUCCUAUCGUUGCCUGGUUGUGAGGGAAUUCACCUGAACUCCAGUAAGGGCAAGAGCAACUUCAGAAGGCGACUUUGGGAACCCUGGGCCCUACAACUCCUUAUUGACGUGUUAUUUUAGUGUUUUGUUGAGAUGGGAAAUUGUAGAGUUUCUAGUGCUGCGGUCAUAGAUUAAAUCCUUUAGGCUACCUGGACACCGCCUCAGAACUUUUCAUGAAUUCGUAGCCUAUUUUUGAGCCAUUGUCUGACAAAUAGCCUACACUGGUUUAACUUAAAGGAGCAGGCUAAGACCAAUCACCUGGGGGAACUACUCCCUGCGACUCACUCUUGCAUCUAAUCAGGCUACUUUACUUCCCUUUUCCUCUGAAAUUUGAUAUUUCUGAUCCCGAAGUGGCUCCGCAGUGGUGUUGCGGCUCCUCGUCCGCGGCGGAUCCGGAGAUCGGAGGUUCUGCAGCGGGCGGAGGCGGCGGUGGAACCCCUGCCACACCGCAGGGUCCCAAAACCGGUCGCGUCAAAAGGAUGAUUCGGUUGGCGGCAGAAUUGUUGUUACUGCUGGGACUGUUGCUACUAACUUUACACAUCACAGUACUCCGAAGCAGUCCUCUACAACCGGGGAACGCAACGGUAGAUCAGGAGCAGCACACGCUGACAACGCAGAAUGAUCUCAACGCUGAGAGUAGCUCCUCGUCGCAGCAUGGCCCAGGGGACUGGAGAACGGGCCCCGAGCACAGAGCGGUGUCCCACCGGCCCGCGUCCCAGCCCUGGGUCCAGACCCACAACCAGAACCACAACCAGAACCAGAACCAGGGGGCCGGGAGCAGCCUGCAGAGGGACGGGCCGGGGGCUUUCCUGCUGGACCUCCAGCACCUUCCGGACCUCUCCAAGGCGGACAUAAACGGACAGAACCCCAACAUACAGGUGACCAUUGAGGUGGUGGACGGACUGGAGGCGUCCGAGCCGGAGAAGGGCCUUCGCAAAGAGAAGAAACCGGGCUGGGCCACACCCAACUGGAGGAACUGGUGGCAGCGUUCAUCUUCUUCCUCCUCCUCCUCCUCGUCCACCUCCUCCUCCUCCUCCUCCUCCUCAGUCUCCUCUCCUGCGUCCACCUCGACGGGGCAGAGAGCAGAGGAGCAGGAUUACUCCUAUGAGGGCAACACUGACGACAGCAACUUUCUGAAGCCACUGGGGGACUGGGAGCGCAGGGGUGGAGGAGCAAGCAGGCCGCACACUGAAUACGACUACAUGGAUGGAGAAGGCGAUUGGAGCAACUGGUCGUCAUGCAGCGUCACCUGUGGCAACGGUAACCAGAAGCGCACCAGGUCUUGCGGCUACGCCUGCACGGCCACCGAGUCUCGCACCUGUGACAUGCCCAGCUGCCCAGGGAUUGAAGAUGCCUUUAAGACGGCAGCCACUGAGGUCAGCCUGCUCGCUGGAACCGAUGAGUUCAAUGCCACAGAGCUCUUUGGUGUUGACACGGACAGCUGCGAACGCUGGAUGAACUGCAAGAGCGAGUUCUUGAAGAAGUACAUGAGCAAGGUGGCCAACGACCUGCCCAGCUGCCCGUGCGCCUACCCGACGGAGGUGGCCUACAGCACGGCGGACGUGCACGACCCCGGGCGGCGCCGCGACUUCCGCUGGAAGGACGCCAGCGGGCCCAAGGAGAAGCUGGAGAUCUACAAGCCCACGGCGCGCUACUGCAUCCGCUCCAUGCUCACGCUGGAGUCCACCACGCUGGCCGCGCAGCACUGCUGCUACGACGACGCCAUGAAGCUGGUGACGCGCGGCAAGGGCGCCGGCACGCCCAACCUCAUCAGCACCGAGUUCUCCGCCGACCUGCACUACAAGGUGGACGUGCUGCCCUGGAUCAUCUGCAAGGGCGACUGGAGCCGCUACAACCACGCCCGGCCGCCCAACAACGGCCAGAGGUGCCCGGAGAACCCCCAGGACGAGGACUACUACAAACAGUUCGAAGAGGCCAGGGAGUUCUGAGCUGCAGGGCACAGAGACAAAGAGAGAGGAGAGGAGAGGAGAGAAGAGAGCUGAUGUGUUUAUUUGGGUUAGCACGGACACACAGGCACACACACACACACAUAAACAUUCACACACACACACACACACACACACACACACACACACACAGGGGUGGAACCACUUUCUUUUCUCUCAUAUGGUGGGGAGUGGUGGAGGAGCGGGUGGAGGGACGUCCCUGCAGUAACUGCAACACGAGCAGUGCAGCUGUUUGUCCGGGACCGUCUCUCUUUUAUUAGCCGAGCAGGCGCGCCAUUGGUGGAGGCAUCAGCGCUACUCUUCGCUUUCCACCUUCCAGCCAAACCAAGCGAAGCAGCGCAGAGCAGUGCAGAGCAGAGCAGAGCAGAGCAGAGCAGAGCAAGGCUCCUUCAGCCUAAACAGGGCUUAUUCAGUGCAUCAGCAGCUGGUGGAGGACAAGAUGAAAGGUCAUCUCAUACGUUGGUCUUAUAACACUGCUUCGUUGUGUUUUCUGCUAGUCAUAAAGACUUUACAUUGCAAGUUUGUAGUUUUAUCUGACCAUGUUAGAUGCAAGACAAAAGGGAAAGUGCUGUUGAUUUUUAUGUUUUAAAAAAAAGGGAAAAAGAUUUCUCAUGAAUUUGGAGAAAAAAAAAGAAUCCAUACCUUUUGCCCCGUUUACAGUUUUACUCGGCAGAAAAUGGAGGCAACCAAUGAGCUUCAACUGUAAGUUGCAAAAAUGGCAGAUUUGUCUGGCAGCGUUGGAGCUGCUAGGUCCUGCCUCUGGUACAUGUGUAAAUGUUCAAAGACUCAUAUGCAACUUUAUCAUGGCGCACAGGAGCCAUCUCCUCUGCCCACUACAAAGAUGUCGGGUCUCGCAUCUUAAAGGACCCCAUGGAAGUUGGUAUGUUUGUGUAGUAAGCAUGUACUACAUUUUGCCAAUAAUCCUCAGUCAUAUUGUCCCCUCCCCCCCUUAUAUUUGUAUUGGGUUAAAAAAAAGCAUUACUCUUGAUGUAAAAAAGUGUUAUUUUUGUAAAGUAUUUAUUAAGUUGUAGCUAUGUGCCAUUGUUGGAUGUCCAUGAUAUGUGGAACAUAUGGAAUGUGUGCUUAAUGGUUGUACGGAGAGAUUUUGAGAAGAAUGUUGAAAUAAAAGGUGACGUCACCUAAAAUCGCG